AAAAGAAAUUGCGAAAACAGAUUGAAGCAGAGCAGAGCAGAUUUUAGCAAAGCAGAGCAAAACAGCUCAAAAACAGGGCCUAAGUGAUAGAUUUUUUUUAUUUUUGUUUUUUAUUUUUUAUUUUUUUAAAAAAAAAACAUGUUAACAAACUAUAGUUAAUCAGUUAUGGACCCUACAAUUAGGUAUUCACCUGGACCCACCUACUAAAUCUACUUCACCAUCAACACCUGAAGGACAACGAAACCACUGUCCACUGAUGAUGACGAACACCUUCAACCCACCUCCAUUGAAGGACCUUCUCAAAUCUCCAACCUUCAUCAAAAUCACUCUUUUCUCUCUCCUCUCAAUCUCCCUCUUCUUCCUCUUCUUCUCCUUCUCUUCCUCCCCCUUUCCCCUCAAAGCUCUCACUCCUUCACCACCAUUGCCGCCAUUUCCGUUGCUCGAGAGAACAGGCAUUGUCGACGAAAAUGGCGCCAUGGUUGAUACCUUCAAUGUCGGGAAGAUCAACCCUUUAUCCUCCGAUGAAAUGCUUGCUAAUAUCACUCGGAAAUUCGAGGAGAGAGAAAAUGAGAAGAAGGAAAUUAGGGUUAGGGUUUUGGAGAAGUAUAAGGUGUGUAAUGAGAGUAUGAGGGAGUUUAUUCCUUGUUUGGAUAAUGUUGAUGUGAUUCGUCGUUUGAAUUCGACGGAAAGAGGGGAGAAAUUUGAGCGGCAUUGUCCUGAGAUUGGGAAAGGUUUGGAUUGUUUGGUUCCUGCUCCUCCGAAGUACCGGUCUCCGAUUCCAUGGCCUCAAAGCCGUGAUGAGGUAUGGUUUGAUAAUAUACCUCACACACGGCUGGUUGAAGAUAAAGGAGGCCAGAAUUGGAUAUUAAUUAAGGGAGAGAAAUUUGUGUUUCCUGGUGGUGGCACACAAUUUAUUCAUGGUGCUGAUCAAUACUUGGACCAAAUUUCAAAGAUGAUUCCUGACAUAAAAUUUGGCCAUAAUACCAGAGUUGUCUUGGAUAUUGGUUGUGGGGUGGCUAGUUUUGGUGCAUUUUUGCUGCAGCGUAAUGUUAGUACUCUUUCUAUAGCUCCAAAAGAUGUUCAUGAGAACCAGAUUCAAUUUGCACUUGAGCGUGGUGUGCCAGCUAUGGUAUCAGUUUUUGCUACACACCGUCUGUUGUAUCCAAGUCAAGCUUUUGAUUUGAUUCACUGUUCAAGGUGCAGAAUAAAUUGGACACGUGAUGAUGGAAUCUUGCUUCUUGAAGUUAAUAGAAUGUUGAGAGCUGGAGGAUAUUUUGCUUGGGCAGCACAGCCAGUCUAUAAGCAUGAAGUUAAAUUGCAAGAACAGUGGAAAGAAAUGGAGAAUCUUACAUCGCGCAUUUGCUGGGAACUGAUAAAAAAGGAAGGUUAUAUUGCUAUAUGGAGGAAGCCUUUGAAUAACAGCUGUUACCUGAGUCGUGAAGCUGGAGCACAACCUCCACUUUGUGACCCAAAAGAUGAUCCAGACAAUGUUUGGUAUGUAGGCCUGAAGGCCUGCAUUACAAAGAUACCUAAUAAUGGAUCUGGAGCUAAUGUGUCCACUUGGCCUGAGCGCCUACAUCACCCCCCAGAUAGACUGCAGACAAUUCAGAUGGAUGCCUUCGCUGCCAGAAAGGAACUCAUGAAGGCAGAGUCAAAAUAUUGGAAGGAAAUUAUACAAAGUUAUAUUAGUGCCUUUCGCUGGAGGGAGUUGAAGAUACGGAAUGUAAUGGAUAUGAGGGCUGGUUUUGGAGGGUUUGCUGCUGCAUUACACGAAUUUGAUCUUAAUUGCUGGGUUAUGAAUGUGGUCCCAGUCAGUGGGUUCAAUACCUUGCCAGUAAUAUAUGAUCGUGGUCUCCUUGGAGUUAUGCAUGACUGGUGCGAGGCAUUUGAUACUUACCCAAGGACAUAUGACUUGCUGCAUGCAUCCGGUCUCUUUUCGAUUGAGAGGAAAAGAUGCAAUAUAUCCACCAUCAUGCUUGAAAUGGAUCGUAUACUAAGACCAGAUGGCAAAAUUUAUGUACGAGACUCAAUCUCUGUUUUGGAUGAGCUUCAAGAGCUUGCAGCUGCAAUGAGCUGGGUAUGCUUUCUUCAUGACACAGGCGAGGGUCCUCAUGCUAGUUGGAAGAUCUUGAGAUGCAGCAAGAAACGAUAACCCCUUUUAGCUAAUAAUUGUUGAAACAUCUUGCAACUUUUUCUCUCCUCAAUUUAUCACAUAAAUUGUUGUUAACGAGCUAGGGGUCAAUAUAGCAUAGCUUAACCCCACUGUAGUAUACCUGUAUCAUAGUUUUUAUUUGAAUAGGCAUAAUCGUAUCAUACUAAUACUUUGAAUUUUGAGAUCACACCUCCAAAGAUUGGAGCAUAGAAAGAUUACACUUACUGAACUGUAGCCUUAAUCAAGGCAAAACAAAUUCAGUACCUUGUAAACAUUCAACCAAGAAAAGUUUGUUGUGUAGUUAUGUUAUUGAUCUA